UGCUGCUGCAGAAAGCAGCCUCCAGCGUGCCGCUGCCUUCCCAGCCUCCUUCUGUGAGGCCUUCUGGAGGCACAAGGGAGCAGGCAGCGGAGAGGUCAAAGGGUGGGGAGAGGUUUCAUUCGGCAGGAGGGCUGUGCUGUGCUGUUGGUGGGCUGCAGGCCUGGUCUCUCCGGGGAACAGAGAAGGUGGUUCUGCAGUGGAAUGCUUGGUUUUGCCAGGAAAUUGUGGGUUUGUGUUUGUUGUUGUGGUGUGCUUUUUUUUUUUUAAUUAUUUUUAUUUUCUUCUCAUGUUUUGUUUGAUUGUAUUUUUUUUUUUCCUUCUUACUCUGAAUGCGUGAGAAUGCAUUUGACCUUUGCCUACUCUGGUACUUCCAGCGAAGAUAUGAGCUGAGUAUGGCCAGGGGUGAGGCGAAGUUUGUUGUUGUGAUAAGCUGCUAAAGGAGCUUGUUCUGUCAUCCUUCAGGAAGAUUCUUUUCCACAGUAAAGUUUUGCUCUUUUUUUUGUGGAGCUGCAUAUAGAGAAGUCACUUUGGAGGCCUAGAUGAUGUGAUGUCUUGCGGAGAAGGACUAUGCACAUGAGAUUUUGUGGAAAGCACUCAGGUCACCUGCAGCUGACAAACCAGAGAAUAACUGAGGCCAGGUCUUUGCAUGGUGAUUUUCAGCUUUUGCCAGGCCUAUGAACUAUGUGCUUCUCUAUGUAACAAGUCUAACUGAAGAACAGGUUGAGACCUUAGGUAUUAGCAAAACAAAGACAUUGUCAACACUGAUUUUUGAAUUGGAUGCUAGCGAGCAGCUCAGAGCUCGGAAUUUAUCUGAAACAUCUUGAUCACUAGUUUGUUUCAAAGUGAGGCCUUUUUUCACAUAAACAGGCAUCUAAAAAUGUACGUUUCUUUUCACUUUGGGCAAAUCCCCUGUGAAAUAUUGUUGUGGCCUGUCAUGUAGCAUUGCCACUGCAAGCUGAUUUUUUUUAUUUUAAGAUUAGUUUUGAUUCUUUAGCAUUCAGUCCUUGCUUGCUAAUUGAGAAUACCAGCACAUAUAACACGGUCUGGGUUUUGUGCACUUCUCAGUUGUGUGGCUUUUCAAAACAAAAAAAAUUUGCUUGGACUUGGUUAGCAUCAGGCAGUGGCUGCACCUCAUGUGGUACACUCCAUUGCAGAGACUGUGAUUGGAGUCUUAAGGAAAAUUCCAGUUUGUUGGUGUGAGAUCAGUGUCUUUCAAUACAACCUAAAUAGUUCUGAUUUUUCCCCCCAUUUUUUUCUCUUGAGAACUAGCUUUGAAUGUUUUUGUGAAGGGCAAAGAGAUACUGUUGCACUCGGAGAAACUUUUUUCUGACCAGUCAUAUUUUGAUCAGUCAAAUCUCAGUUUCUUUUGGAAUGAAAAAAUUAUUGUUGAUGUCAAUAACUUUUGAAUGAUACAGUGGAUAAUUAUUUCUCAUAACAAAUAACUAAUGUAUAACACACCUGGAAUCUAAGCCAGAGUAAAGGUGCACAAGUCUUGCUUUUGAAUGUGAGGCAAAAAGUUAGGAUAGGUAAACUGUGGGUGCAUCUGGUUAACUGUGGUAUUAAGUGGUUCCUUUAUAUCCAGAUAAUUGGAGGGGUAUUGUAAGUACAUCUUCACUGACAGUUAAAUUUUGUUCAGUUUCUUCUUCAAAUAUUAAAGACUAACUUUAACCAGGGAGGUAUCUUGUUCACUUAGAAUGUAAUUAAUUAACUUGAAACAUCCCCUCCUUCAAGGUUAACACCAAGACAUUAAACUUUCUGCCUUACAAAUGUAUUUUUCUAUCACAAGCACAAACUCAGCAGCAGACAGCUUUCCCUGAUGGUUCUGUCCAGUGCAAUAACAAAGAGUUUGGGCAGGGCAUAUGCUCUGGCUUUUGCUGAAAGAGGAGCUUCAGUAGUUGUGAAUGAUCUUGGAGGUGAUUUCAAGGGAUAUGGGAAGAGCUCCUCAGCUGCUGACAAAGUUGUUGACGAAAUCAGAGCAAAAGGAGGGAAAGCAGUCCCUAAUUAUGAUUCAGUGGAAAAUGGUGAAAAGCUUGUGAAGACAGCACUUGAGGCUUUUGGGAGGAUAGAUAUUGUUAUAAACAAUGCUGGGAUCCUAAGAGACCGUUCCUUUGUUCGGAUAAGUGAUGAAGAUUGGGAUAUAAUUCAUAGAAUUCAUUUGAGGGGAUCUUUCCUGGUGACCCGAGCUGCAUGGAAUCAUAUGAAAAAUCAGAAAUUUGGCAGAAUCAUUAUGACUUCCUCAGCUGCUGGAAUAUAUGGAAAUUUUGGUCAGGCAAACUACAGUGCUGCAAAACUUGGCCUUUUGGGUCUUUCAAACACAAUUGCAAUUGAAGGUCGGAAGUAUAACAUCCACUGCAACACAAUUGCUCCUACUGCUGGAUCCAGACUGACCCAGACUGUCAUGCCACAAGAUCUUGUCGAUGCUUUCAAACCAGAGUAUGUUGCUCCAUUAGUUGUUUGGCUUUGCCACGAGAGCUGUGCAGAGAAUGGCAGUCUGUUUGAGGUGGGAGCUGGAUGGAUUGGAAAAUUGCGCUGGGAGCGAUCCUUGGGUGCUAUUGUGAGAGGAAAGAAUCAGCCAAUGACACCUGAAGCAGUGAGAGAUAAAUGGGAGAAGGUCUGUGACUUUGAUAAUGCCAGCAAACCCAGAAGUAUCCAAGAGUCCAUAAGUGUAUUGAGUGAUGCUCUUAGUCAGAUAGAAUCUCAAGGGAAUGUUACUAUGAAUUCAACAAGCUCUGGGUCAGUGCUCUCUUCAUCUCUUGACACGACAAGCAUUAUUGGCCGGGAAUUGGCUACCAACGUGUAUAAAUAUACUCACUUAGAGCCUAUUUUAUAUGCCCUUGGUGUGGGAAUGUCAACUAAGGAUCCAGAUCAUCUAAAAUUUCUCUUUGAAGGAAGUGAAGAGUUCUGCUGUUUACCUAGCUUUGGAGUAAUUCCUGCUCAGACUUCAAUGUUUGAUGGUAUCCCUUCUCUUCCAGGACUAAAUAUUGAUCUUGCUAAGAUGCUGCAUGGUGAGCAAUAUCUGGAACUGUAUAAACCAUUACCAACCUCAGGGCAACUAACUUCAGUUUCAACCAUUGCUGAUAUUCUUGACAAGGGAUCAGGAGCAGUCUUGCUUAUAGAUGUGAAUACUUAUUGUGGAAAGGACCUAGUAUGUUAUAAUCAGUUCUCUCUGUUUUUCGUUGGAGCUGGAGGAUUUGGUGGAAAACGAACGUCAGAAAAGGCCAAGGUAACAUUGAACCCUCCCAAGAGACCCCCUGAUGCUGUAAUUUUUGAUGAAACAACAGCUGAUCAGGCUGCCUUAUAUCGGCUGAGUGGGGAUUGGAAUCCUUUACAUGUGGAUCCAAGUUUUGCUGCUCUUGGAGGAUUUAAGAAGCCUAUACUUCAUGGAUUAUGCUCCUUUGGGUUUGCUGCUAGAAACAUUUUGAAGCAGUUUGCAAAUAAUGAUGUGAACAGAUUCAAGGCGAUCAAGGUUCGCUUUGCGAAACCAGUCUUUCCAGGGCAAACUUUACAAACAGAAAUGUGGAAGGAAGGAAAUAGAAUCCAUUUUCAGACCAAGGUCAAAGAGACUGGAGAAGUUGCUAUUGCAGGGGGCUAUGUGGAUAUAGUACCAGCCUUGAAUAAGACUUCUGCUCGGGAGCCUCUGAAGACUGCAGGACUGCAGAGUGACCUUGUGUUUGAAGAAAUUGGUCGUCGUGUAAAAGAGCUUGGAAAUGAAUUGGUAAAGAAAGUAAAUGCCAUAUUCCAAUGGGACAUCACUAAAGAUGGAAAAACAGCAAUGCAGUGGACAAUUGACUUAAAGAAUGGCUCUGGAGCAGUGUAUCAAGGACCUGCAAGAAGUUCUGCUGAUACUACCUUCACACUCUCAGAUGAGGAUUUCAUGGAUGUGGUACAACAAAAGACCAACCCCCAGAAGGCAUUCUUUUCUGGUAAACUGAAAGUGAAGGGGAACAUCAUGCUGAGCCAGAAAUUGGAAAUGAUCCUGAAAGAUUAUGCCAAACUCUGAACUGCUUGAUCAUCUACCACAGCAGUGAAGAACUUCAAAAGAUAGAAACGUCAGUUAGUUCAGAACCAAUAAUUGAAACAUUGCAAGCUACUUAACAUCAAUAUACUGAUUCAUUAUACCGCUAAUAUACAAGCUGUUUUAAUUGCUGUAGACAGAAAGUUAUGAAAUGAACGUAACUGUUAAUAUUAUCCCUUUCUUAUUUCUCAGCAAUGAUAGAGAAUCAUACUUUUCUCAUUACAUACCUGAAUCUAAAUAAAAUGUAUGUAGUUCUUACAAAGAUGCAUAUAUUUCUGUACUAAUGAUGAAGAAAAUUAAACCAAUACACCUCUUUAGUAUCUCCUUCUA